UUGUGUGGCAACACUGGAUGUGGUGAAAUGUAAACACAUGACAUCUGUCAUCGAACGUCCAACCUCAUUUUCAUAUUUUUUGAGAAAAUUGCAGCAAGUUUCUGUAAAAAUGAGUAGUGAUUUUGUUUGGGCCAUCAAAAACGGUGAUUUAGAACAAGUAAAAGAUAUUAUAGAGAAAAAGUCCUUAAAUGUAAAUGAAGAAGUGGAUGGACGUCCGUUGAUCUUGUAUGCCGCCGAUUAUGGACAAAAGGACGUCAUCGACUACUUGAUAUCUGCUGGAGCCGAUGUUAAUUCUAAAGAUAAGCAUGGUAUUACUGCAAUAUUAGCUGCAAUAUGGGAAGGACAUAAAGACUGUGUGAAACUCCUAUUGGAAAAAGGUGCUAAAAAGGAGGGAGUGGCACCUGAUGGAAAGACAUACUUGGAAUCUGCUGAAAAUAAUGAAAUCAAACAAAUGCUGAUGGCAUAAAAUGUCCAUGUUGGCCAAAACUUGAGUAAACACAUAUUAGUCUUAAUGUUAAUAUAUAGCUAUAUUUCAAAGUCAGUGACUUAGGCUAGCAGCCAAAAUGGCAUUCCUUUUCCAGUAUACAAUCUUAUGAUGAUUACCUAGAUGUAAAGACCUAAUAGAGAAAGACAAUAUUUUAUAAUAACAUGCCUAUUUCUUUUCAUUUUUGAGAUGUUCCUGUAGUUUUGGCUAAUACUGUGUUUCAAAGAUGCCAAACUGUUGGUGAUAUAUUUAGUCAAGCUCAGGCUAUUUAGCUUGUGUGUCAUCUAAAAAUAUUGAUUUGAUGCAAGAGCAUUUAGGCUUUUUUGUUGUAGAUUUUAGCAAUUAAGUUGUAAGAUGAUAAACAGUGAAAACAGCCUAAGUAUUUUACUGAGGCAACCAAAGCCCAGCCAGAAUAUGGACUAUAGCUAUGGAUUUUAGCUAUAGGGUAAACUAAAAACACUAUUAAGAUGCAUUUUAAGACAAGACCUUUGGACUCUUGUAAAGCUGAGUAAGGUUAAUGCAAAGCAAGUAUUUAGAAAAUUCACUUUAAUCCCACAAUGAACAAAGAUUUAAAGUUUGCUUUAUGGAUGAGUAUAAUUUGAUAUUUUGUUCCACAAAUAAUGAAGAAAUUAUAUUCAAUCCCAUUUUCUGGUAUAGUUUUCAGCAUUUUUGUUAAUUAACAAUUUAUCCUAAUUAAAAAUGCUUUUGAUACUUCACCUCAUUGAAGUUAUCUGUACUUACUAAUUUUAAAAUACUGUUGAAUUUUAUAUACAAAGGCUGGCCAAAAAUAUUUUAAUAUCUCAUUAGAACUUGAUUUCUUGUGUUACAGUUUGAUUCUAUAUAGGGUGAUCCAGGAAACAGUGUCAAUGUAUUUAUGGCAUAGGUAGAUAAAAAAUAACACAAAAAUUUCAUAUAAAAAUUCGAGCCUGAGAUUACACCAGUGGUGCAGAAAUUGAGAAAUGAGGCACAUUCCUUACAGUAUGAUUGUUAGUUAGAUGGUAGUGGAUAGUUGAUACACACUUGAGUCUAUGUAUUCUUGCUAUUCAACAUAUCUAGUUGUAGGUUUUCGACAUCAUCCAGAAAGGAAUAUCCCAGAUACUAACAUACUGAAGCUGUGUGGGCAGUAUGAAGGAGUCCCUUAUAGGGGAUGAUGGCUUUUAGUUAGACCUAGUAAUAGCAGAGUCAGAGUUAACUCAAACAAGAUUAUAUUUGUGCUUCUCCUGAAGUAUCAAGUAUCAUUUAUGGAUAGUCUAUGCAACAAAUAUGGAAGCUAACCAAGAUUAAGAUCCAUCCUUAGGCAACUGUUGAACAUGUAAUACCAGAGUGAGGACUGAGGACACUGGGAUGCUGUGCCCACAUAGACUCAGUAUUAUGUUACCUGGGAUAUGCUGGUCACCAUGAGAAUGGUACUCCAAAAUUCUUUCUGGUCUUUAUCAAAAGUUCACAAUGGGAUAAUGAAGCAGUAAGUAUAUAUUCUAGUGUGUCUCAACCAAUCAUGACCUGUUAAAGAGGUUAACACCAAGCUAGUUUCACUCGUAAGCACAUGCAUAUAUUUUGCAUACUCUGCCACCUACCCUACGCUCAAUGUAUGUCUUUGAGACUUGAUAAAUCUUGACAAUGAUCCUCUCGAGCUUUGUGUAUAUUGACACUUGGGAAAAGGAACACAUUCCUUGGUUUAAGAGAAAAUUUGCCGAAGCCCAUUCCCGUAAAGAACGAGCCUCUUCCUUUUGAUCCCUACAAAGCUAUUUUCUACGCCACUCAUUUUGUUGACAUAUCUAUUCCAUUUUCGAAUGAUUUUACGUGUAUCGCCUCUCUUGAGGAAUAUUUGUCAAACUAUUACUAAUUUCCGCUCAACAAAUAUUGCCACAUUUUUCUGAAUCAUCCUGUACAUACAAAUGGACAUUACAUCAGCUUAGUUUUAAGAUACAUGAGUUAUACCUACUUGGUAUGAAAGUUAUUAUUCUUGGCUUCAUAUUGCACCUGAAAAAAAAACAGCAUUAUGAAAGUGUUUAGUAAAUUGACACACAGUAUGUUUUAAUCGUCCACAUCUUGAGCGAUUAUAAUCUUUAAUUUCUCUAUUUAAUUCAACCUGUAAUACAUAACAAUCAAGUAAGUAACUUAUAAUUUUUUAUACAUAUAUUGCAGUCAAAACAAAACACCUUGUUCUUUUGGCCAACCUGCAUUUCCUAAUAUUAUUAGUAGUUAAACAUUUGCUCUAAUAGCUUGAAUUUUUUGAUGCACAAAUUAUAGUCAUAUAGUUGACACUGGUGAUAUUGGUGAAUUGGUUUCACAUUAAAGCUGUCCAUAGAUUAUGGUUAUAAAAUUGCUAUUUUACUAAUGAUGAUAAUAUAGCAUUUUGCCAGAGUGCUUAAAUUAUUUAGAAUUUAUUUUCAUUUGAGGAGCUAGUUUUUUAUAAAAU